AUGAGCCAAGCUCCAGGCCCGGGCUUUGAGAGCACUUGCACGGCCGUUCAUUCCAGGAUCGCAGCGGCCAUCGCGAGCACAGUUCGGGACAGCUACGGGCCCGUCGGCCUCGACCAGCUCGUCUCCAACGACGCCGGGCAGUCCUUCGUGACAACGAGCCCACACAUCAUCUUAGAGUGCCUCCCCGCCCGGCAUGGCGCCGCGCAGGCCCUCCGCGAGGCGGCGCUCCGGCACGCCCACACCCAGGGCGACGGCGCGGGCGCCUUCCUUCUCGCCACCGCCGCAGCCAUACGUCAGGUCAGGAACAGCGUGUCGUCGCCAAACGCGACGCUGGAGCGCCAGCGCCUGCUCGAAACGCUCCGCUCCCUGCACUCCCUCCCUUCGAUAGCAGCGGCGCUCGAGGCGGCCGUCGUGGCCCCCGCGUGCCGCGAUGUCCCGGCAGGAGACACCACCGCAGCUGUGCGCGCGCUCGUUCACACGCAGCUCGCAGGACACCUCGGCAAAGCCCUCUCCGCGCACCUGGCGGCGCUCAUCGGCGUCGUCGUCGGCGCCAUGGCGUCGCGGGACGCUGCGGGGGCGCGCACCGCGAUCCGCGCCGCCGCGGCGACGCCACCGAUGGCCGUGGUCGGCGGCGGAACGCUCCUGCAGUCGUCGGUCGCGGAGGGCGUCGUCGCGGAGGCGACGCUGAGGCUGCCUGCGAUGCCGAUGCGGGUGGCGCCCGCGCGGGUCGUGCCGAUCGCGGACGGGCUUGACAGCAGUCUGACCGACAGCCGGGGGGGGGUGAAAGGGGCUGUGCGGGUCGAGGACGAGGCCGGCGUCGCUGCUGCGCAGCGCUGGCAGCGCGAGCAGGUUGAACGCAAGGUCGCGGCGCUGGCACGGAACCGUGUGGACGUCGUGUUGUGCGCACAACCAAUCAGCGACAUCGCGGCGCAAGCGUGCCUCGCGGCAGGGAUCGCCGUGUACGACGCGUUGGACGACGCGGACGUGCAGCGCGUGGCGGCCGCUGCCGGCGUCCUGCCGGUGUCCGUGGCCACGCGAGCUGCGUUGGAGAGCUUCGCGCCCUUCACGGCGUCCGCUGUCGAGCAGCUCCAGGCGGGCCGCACACGCCUCGUGCGCGUCACCCUCGGGCGCGGCGAGCGCACGCUGCUGCUUCGCGGCCCCUCCGACGCAUCCUGCAAGCUCUACGCCUCGCACCUCGCGGGGAACGCCGGGCGCACGCUCGCGGCGCCUCUCGCGGACCCGCACACGGCCAGCGACACGCCAGCGCAACUGGGCGUCGUCGUCCCGGCCGCCGCGGUCCGGACAGUGUGCUGCUGCUUCUGCCACGCGCUGGAAGACCGGCACGGCGCGCCUGCGCGCUUCGAUGCGGAGUCCUGGGCGCCCGUUCUACGGAACCCAGUCGCGUACGGCGUGGUGGAGGGGGGGGGUUGUUUGAUCGUGCGCGUCGACGGCGUGCUGCCGUGCAAGGUCGUGCUGCGGUCGAUCGUCCGCGCGGGGGGGGGCGACGCGGGGGUGCGAAAGGGGGGUGUUGACGGCGACGGCGACGGCGACGGCGACGGCGACGGCGAAUAG